AUGGAUGGCAGACAACCUGAGCCUGAAGCUCUCUCCCCCACCCUCGCCCUCGCUCCCGUUCUCACCCCUCAGCUGCAACUAGUAGCCGCUCUGCUACUUGCCGCGUUCCUUGUCGCCAUCUCCGUCGUUCUUGUGCGGAGGAAGUCUACAAAGCGUGGAGAUGCUGUGAUACUCGUAGGUUGCUCCGACGCGGGCAAGACUACGAUUCUGACUGCCCUGGCAUAUAGGCAGACCUUGCCAACUCAUGCGUCCAUGCAGACUAACGCGGCUCUUGUAGCCCUAGCGUCAAGUCACCAAACCAUACGUGUCAUCGACGUGCCUGGACACCCUCGCACUCGCGACCAGUUCCAAGAACACUUACCUAGUGCGAAGGCUAUCGCGUUUGUUGUGGAUGCGAGCACAAUUUCGCGCAAUGGGCCUGUCGUGGCGGAGCACCUACACAUGAUUAUGAACGCCUUGACAUCCCUUCCUCCCUCGCGUGAGACUCCUUCCCUCACGAUCCUCGCGCACAAGUGCGAUCUCCUCAAGUCGACUGCAACCACUUCUGCCGAACAACUCGCUAUCAACCGCGUGCGCACAAUCCUGGAGCGCGAGCUGGAGAAGCGCAGAGCGUCCCAAGCGAACGGUGUGGGUGUGGAGAGCAUGGGAGCGGAGGAGUCAGAAUCUCAGAUGGGUGGCUUGGAGUGCACAGGAAGUGGAGAGUUCAAGUUCUCUGAGUGGGAAGGGGGCGAGAUCGGGUUCAUUGGAACCUCGGUGUCGGUAGCUCAUGCUGCUGAUGAGAAGCACCGUGAAGUUGACGGAUUGUCUCCCUUGUGCGAGUGGUUGGAUCAUGUAGCGUAG